AUGGCGGCCAGACCAAAGCAUCUGAAACUUUUCAUUGUAACUCAUUUGCAUGUUACAUUCCUUUCUUUGCACAUAUUUAUCGACGCUGCAGACAUGACGUGGGAUGAAAACGGAUACAUUCUAUACUGACCGUGCAUGGGUCGGUUUGGAAACCAAGCGGAUCAUUUUCUUGGAUCACUGGCUUUUGCUAAAAUGCUGAACCGAACACUCGCGGUUCCGCAUUGGAUUGUUUACCGCCAUCACUCCCCACCUUUUCAAAAUGUGCAUGUUCCCUACAGUGAGUAUUUCCAGUUGGAGCCAGUGAAGCAGUACCACCGUGUGGUGAGUCUAGAGGACUUCAUGGAGCACUUGGCUCCUAAGCACUGGCCCCGUGGUCAGAGAGUGGCCUACUGCUUCGAGUCUGCAGCUCACAGGAGCACAGACAAAAAGAGCUGUCCGAUGAAGGACAGAAAUCCGUUUGGUCCAUUUUGGGAUCAUAUUGGAGUCAACUUUGAUCGCUCUGUUCUUUUCGGAGGACUGUCAUUUAGCUCCUACUACCAGCCGCACUGGAUAAAACGGUUUCCCCCUAAGGAGCAUCCAGUUCUCGCUCUUCCAGGAGCCCCAGCGCAGUUCCCCAUUCUAGAGGAGCGCAUUGGACUGCAGGAGUAUGUGGUGUGGUCUGAAAAAAUGGUACAGGAAGGAGAAGACCACAUCAGAAGCCUGUUAAACAGACCCUACGUGGGAAUUCAUCUGAGAAUUGGCUCGGAUUGGCAAAAUGCCUGCAAGCUUCUGAAGUCAGGUGAUACCGGCCCUCACUUCAUGGCAUCUCCACAGUGUGUGGGAUACGACCGCCAAACUGCCCUGCCGCUGACCAUGAAAAUGUGUUUACCGGAUCUGUCUGAGAUCCGCCGUGCGGUGAAGCUCUGGGUGAAGAACACCAACGCACAGUCUGUUUACAUAGCCACCGACUCUGAAUCACACACCGCAGAGAUUCAGAAACUCUUCAAGGGCAAGGUGAAGGUCGUGAGCUUGCAGCCGGACACUGCUCAGAUUGACCUGUAUAUCCUCGGUCAGGCCGAUCACUUCAUUGGCAACUGUGUUUCGUCCUUCUCAGCCUUUAUUAAAUGGGAGAGAGAUGUUCACAGGAGACCCUCAUCGUUCUUUGGGAUGGACUACCUAGGAAAAAGGAAAGGAAAAGAAGAACUCUAA